UUCGGGGAGCGGAGGCGGGCCAGAGGAGGCGGAGGCGGAGGCUGGCCUUGCAGGUUGAGGGCCAAGCGGAGGCAGCGGGAAGCGCAGGAGCUCCAAGGCGAACUCCAGGGAGAAGGCUGCCUUUCCCUCCCCAGCGCCCAGGGAAGGAGGCAGGCCAGGAGCAGAGCCCCAUGUGGAGGAAGAGGCGGCGGCGGAGGAGGAAGGAGCCUUUCUGGGGGGUCUCCCCGCUGGCCAAGGGGAGGCUGCUGGGGGCCUUGGCUGAGGCAGGGGCGCCAGGGGAGGAGGCCGAGGGGGAGCCGUAGGGAAGGCAGGCAGGCAGGCAGGCAGGCAGGCAGGCGCCCCUUCCCUCCCUCCGUGUCUGUGUCUCUCUGCCCGACUGGGGCUGCUGCUGCUGGCCAUGUGAGCCCUCCGCCUUCCUUUGCUCCCGCCUUGGCUCCAGCUCCCCCGGCCGGGCGCCCGCUUUGAUGGCCAUGGACCGGCGUCGAGACGAAGGGGGCGGCCAGGAGGAGGAGGAGGAGGAGGGCCGUCCCCUGCCGGAGGAGAACGGGGCUCUGCCCCCCGGAGAGGCAGACCCCGAGGCCCCCCGCCAGCCCCCCGGACCCUCCGCCGCCACCGCCGCCGAGGCCUCGGAGAUCCAGCGCCUGCCGGCCCCGGGCCCCUCCUCGGGCCCCUCCUCCUCCUCGGGCUGCAGCCCUCUGCUGCUGGACUACGACGGCUCGGUGCUGCCGCUGCUGGGGGGCCUGGGCGGAGGGCACCAGAGGACCCUCAUCCUGCUCACCUGGAUCCCGGCCCUCUUCAUCGGCUUCAGCCAGUUCUCCGACAGCUUCCUCCUGGGGCAGCCCCUCUCCUGGUGCAGCAGCGCCGGCGGCUCCGAGCAGCAGCAGCACCAGCAGCAGCACCACUCCCAGGGCCCUGGCAACUGGACCGGCAGCCCAUGGCCCGGACCCCGCGGGGCACUGGCCCCCAGCCAUCCGCCGCCGCCGCCUCCCGUGCCCCGCAACCAGAGCAGCUACAGCCGCGGGAUGCAGGCCGCCCCCGAGCUCCCGACCCCCGAGAGCAGGAACCAGAGCGCCUACUGCGAGUGCAGCCACAGGUUCCACCGCAUCACCUCCGGCCUCCGGGAGAACGUCGUCAGCAAGUGGGAUCUUGUCUGCGAUUCUGCUUGGAAAGUCCACAUUGCAAAGUUCUCUCUGCUUGUAGGAUUAAUCUUUGGCUACCUAAUAACAGGAUGUAUAGCUGACUGGGUUGGUCGUCGGCCAGUGCUACUCUUCUCUGUGUUAUUCAUUUUGAUAUUUGGACUGACGGUGGCCCUCUCAGUAAACGUGACAAUGUUCAGCACACUCAGGUUUUUUGAAGGGUUUUGCCUGGCUGGGAUAAUCCUUUCACUGUAUGCACUGAGGAUAGAGCUCUGCCCUCCCAGUCACCGUUUCAUGAUCACGAUGGUGGCAAGCUUUGUGGCAAUGGCAGGCCAGUUCCUCAUGCCAGGUUUGGCUGCCCUCUGCAGGGACUGGCAAAUUCUCCAGGCUGUCAUCAUCUGCCCUUUCCUGUUGAUGUUACUGUACUGGUUUUUUUUCCCAGAAUCCCUUCGGUGGCUGAUAGCCACACAGCAGUUUGAAGCUGCAAAGAAGCUCAUCCUUCACUUAACACGCAAGAACAGGACGAGCACAGAAUGUGAUAUCAAAGGAGUGAUGCCUGGCCGCAGGUGGUCCCCCACAGCUCUGCCACGAAGUGAGGAAAAUGACAACCCUUCCCAGAGAUCUCGUGGCUUUGCUACCAGGGAGUUCCUGAUGGGGGAAGUGGGAAGCAGCCAGACUGGAGAGCUAGAGAAAGAACUUACCCGGAGGCCAAAGAAGGUCUGCAUUGUUAAAGUAGUGGGAACCAGGAAUCUCUGGAAAAACAUAGUUGUGCUCUGUGUAAAUUCACUCACUGGAUUUGGGAUACACCACUGCUUUGCAAAGAGUAUGAUGGGCCAUGAAGAUAAGAUGUCUCUCACCAACAAUUUCUAUGCGGACUACUAUACCAUGGCAGGGAUUACUCUGGCCUCUUGCCUGGCCAUGUGCCCAGUGGUUGGAUUCCUUGGGCGAAGAGGCGGACUUCUGCUUUUCAUGAUUCUCACUGCUCUGGCUUCCCUUUUGCAACUAGGCCUACUCAACUUGAUAGGAAAAUACAGUCAACUUCCAGACUCAGGUAUGAGUGAGACUGUAAAGGAGAAGUUCUCCACUGCAUUUUCCAUUGUGGGUAUGUUUUCAUCACAUGCAGUUGGAAGUCUCAGCGUUUUCUUCUGUGCAGAAAUCACACCAACAGUGAUAAGGGGCGGCGGGCUUGGCCUUGUCCAGGCCAGUGCAGGCUUUGGUAUGUUGACUGCGCCCAUCAUGGAGCUCCACAACCAGAAAGGCUACUUCCUCCACCAUGUGAUCUUUGCCUGUUGCACCCUCAUUUGCAUCAUCUGCAUCCUCCUCUUGCCGGAGAGCAAAAACCAGAACCUGCCAGAGAACAUUCCAGAUGGUGAACAUUACACCCGGCAGCCCCUCCUGCCACACAAGAAGGGGGAGCAGCCCCUGCUGCUGACAAACUCCGAACUCAAGGAUUACUCCGGCCUCCAUGAUUCAGCAGCUGCUGUGAAUGACAGUGUGGCCGAGAGUGUCACCGCCAAUGGGAUGAAGGCGAUGUAGUUGGUUGGAGGAGGAGCACUUUGCCGUGGGCGGGCUUUCCGCAGAACGUUUACAAACCAGUGAAAGAAGGGAUGGAUACACAGGGGAAUCAGACUCUGCUGCUAAAUCCACUUCUUGUAGGAAUCUUUGGUUGGAGUACAAAAUGCUUUGGAAACAGGUGUUUGGAGGGCAUGGGGAAGGCAUCCUCAAAGCAAGCAGACUGGAGAGAAAGGCCCAUCAGAACAUUUCUUUCCUCCUUCCAUUCAAUAUUUCUAUUUAUUUUUAUGAUUUUGUUUUUGUUUCCAUGAAGCACUUUACUGCCUUUUUUCCUCUUGUUGACCAUAAACAUGAAGCCAUGUUGUUCUCCAGAAGAGUAGCCAUUCCAAGAAACAAGUUGUGGGGUUCGUUCUGUUUGUUUUUCUGUUUUGCUUGGGUUUUUUUUUAAUCAUCUCUUGUGUUUUUUGUUGGCAGAAUGAGGUAUCUCUUGCUGCGACAAUGUAUUCAUUGACUACUGGUGUUUUCAGUUCAACAGAUUUUCUCAGUCUCUCCAGAAUUACCCAGUUCUCCAUCUCUCCCAUGCUCAUCCUAACCUGGUUUACCUAGUGUGCAUACAAAAAUCUCAACUUAAAAUUUCAAAAUUAAAAUUCUAGAAUGCAGAAGUAGAGUUUAGCUAGCGAGCCCUGGUAUAUUUUUUAAAAGCCGUUUUCCAAAUUUUAGAGGUAGCGGAGUCCACUUGCAAGUCAAAGCUGAAAACAAACUUUUGCACAAGCAAAGCCUUCCCCGUCCACCCCAAAGCAAAUCAGGCAUAUGGACUGAAAUGGGAAAUGUGUCUCUCCAUAGAGAAGUCUUGCACGUGUUCAUCCACAAUGAUAAGCAAUGUCUGGGAGGAAAAGUGCAUUGCUAAGUGGUAAACUCAGUGCUUUACUAAGAGUGGUUUUUAACCUAACAAGAAGUGUUAGAAUGAUUAGGUAUUUUAGAAGAGUAUCUCCAAGUUGGGAGGAAAAAAUGAUAGCCAGAAGGGUCAAGGACUCUACAAUGCUUGUUUCAGAAGCAUCAAGGCUGGAUUUCUGGCUAUCCCAACAUGGGUUCAGUUAUGUGACCCUUACAGUCCCUAAGACUGUUCAGUUUUUAAUGGAUGAAUAGAAGUGAUAACACUGUAAAUGAACUGACACAAUAAAUUAAAAUUUCAGAUUGGGGGAAUAGAAGUGGAGGGGAAUAAACCAUUGGAAGGGAUCUUUGGAUGGCCAGAGUAGUCUUUGUAUGGAAACUAGUAAUUUCUCCCGUUUUUCAAGGAUAGCAUUGCCGUAUUGUCAGCUGGCUGCCAUCUUCAAUAUGAAAACCUAUAGGAAAUUGCCAUUAAGUGCACCAAAAUAAAAUCCUAAGUGCUCUUGCAGGAUUUCUCACCCCACUCACCCACCAGUAGAUUGAAUCAGCUGGUCCCAUGGGAUCACUUGACUGAAAAUAGACACUUGAUAUCCUGACUCCUAAAGGAGGUAGCAUGUGCUGAAAUUCAGCAGGGCUUGCCUCUGCAUAAAAUUGGGUUAGGAACAGUGGGUUGGGGAAGCAAAAUAACUCCUCUUCCCUCAAGAGCUGGCAAUAGGUUUUGCCAGCCAUUUGCCCUUCUGCAAAGGCUGGUUCUUUAAAUGUUGGCUCUGGGAGGACAGCCAUUUAGUGCCAGGUUCAUGCGAGCAGGUUCUGCAUUACUUGUGACAACUUGGAGUCAAUUGUUCUCCCUCCCUCCCCUUCUACUCAGACCAUCCAUUUGUGAUUGACUGCCCAGUAGUACAGCCAUUUUAAAAGUGUGCACCAGCCCUUUGUGCAGUGAUGUCUUGAACCAUUCAUUUGACAGUCACUUUGUUUGAGAUGCAUCCUGCAUUUGCGGGCAAAGGGCAGGGCUCACUGUUAAGUCACCCUCCCUGCCAUGUCCCUUCUUUGCUCUAAAUAUUGUCUGUUAACUUGACUUUAUCUGUGUUUCUCUUCCCGUCUUCUGUCAGACUGCUCUUUGCAUUCCCAUGACCUGCACCGAGCUCAAUACCCCACUGCUUGUCACUCAGCAAAGUAGCCCAGUAGCCUCUGGCGCUGGCUGGCUAAAUCUGCUAGAGGGGCAACAUGGGCCUGGGGAAGAGGCACAAAUUUAUGUAUGUGAGAAGCAAAAUAAUGUUGUCUUAAAGCUGCUAAUUUUCAUACUGAGGAAGAAACACUCUGGGAAAUCUUUCUCAAGCCCAGUGAAGAAAAGAACAAAAUGAAACACUGGAUUUGUUCAAUGGUGAAUUCUUGUGUUUUUUCUCUCCUCAAAGUGCCACUGCUGUGAGGCUUGUGGGGAAAAAAGUGUGAGCCUAAUCCUUUUUAUGCUCUCUAGUAAACUGUCUGGCUCUGCCCACCAAAUGGCCAUGUUUCUCCUGUUCUUUUUAAUGUCUAGACAAUUACAACCUUACGUUUUAAUGGGGGGUGGGGGAGAGACAAAACAAGGCCUUUUGAAUUGUGCAAUAUUCAUGUGCCAAAUUUGUGUGAUGCCUUUUGCCUUUUAUAUAAUGCUUUUAUUACAAGCUAUGUAUCAGGAACAGUGGAUUUGUUGUAAGAUCUCUGAAGGACAAAUUGGAUGUGUUUUUCAGCGGAGCAGGGCCUGGAGAAGCAUUAGAGAGAAGAGAGAAUUGAUUGUCAACUUGCAGAGCUGACACACAGCACUUUUGCAAUCCAUGUGGUACAGAACAGCUUUUUAAUUCCCACCUCUGUGCAUAUAUCUGUAGACUAGAAUACUAGUCAUGCUAACCACUCACCAGCCUAUGGAGUUUUUUUCAUUUUAGCAAUUUUGAAUUCCCUGUUGUGCUCAUUUAUGUCACCUGCUGUGCUUUCUACUUUCCUGUUCCAAUGUGAAGCUCCUUUAACUUUACAAACCAGCAGAGUAAGAGAGAAAGGUGUCAGCAUGUGUAAAGAAAAAUGUGAGGUGACAGGAGCUCUUGGUAAUUCUCAUAUGUACUUAACCUUUUGAUUUUAUUUUGGUCUUAAAACUGACAUUUGGAGUUAGUACUUUACAAUUCAUCCCAAACUUUAAUGGUCUGCUGGGUUUCAGGUAACUUGAGUUAAUUUUCCAUAGUGCUUCAACUCAGAGGGUUUUUUGGUGUGUUUCUUUUUAAGUACUGGCCUAGUAAUUUGUAUUAAAUAACUGAUUCAGGACACCCUUGGUGAAGAGAUGAGACAAAAAUUUAAAUGCUCAGCUUGGGAAAAGAACACACCACAGUAUGCUUGAGUGCUGCCCUAGAUAACUUGAACAUCAUCCUUGGGUGCCUCCAGACAGACAACUCCUAGAAGAACUGGUCAAAUGGCACUGUGCAACUGUUCGGUCUUUCCUUCCUUAGUAGGUCUUUUUUUUUUUAACUCUGGCUGCUGUGUUGCAAAUUGUUGCAGGCCUGCUGAAGUGUCUCAGUGAUUACUUCUCUACUUGAACAGAUAUUGGCUAAAAUCCUCUUAUCACAGUGUACAUUACAUAACUUUACAUAUACAAGUGGGGAUCGGGUUCCAGCACUUCUUGUGGAUACCAAAAUCCAUGGAUGAGUCCCAAUCCUAUAUAUACAAUGGCAUAGUAAAAUGGUAUCCCUUAUAUAAAAUAGGAAAAUCAAGGUUUGCUAUUUGGAACUUCUUUAUUUUCAAUAUUUUCAAUAUUUUCAAGCCAUGGAUGGUUGAUUCCAUGGAUGCAGAAUCCAUGGAUAUGGAGGGCCUACUCUACUUAGCUAAAUAACAGAGGUACUAAAAAAAAAACACAUAUUAGUGAAUUGCAAAGCUGUGUAAUGGGAAAGUGGCAAGUGUCCCAAUGUGCACAGGCAUUCUCAAGUCAUUGUCCCUAUGAGCAAUUGGAUCAAUGCAUAUCAGUCCUGUUGUGCAUCAAUGACUUUGUGGGCUCCCCUGUGUAGUAACGUAAUAGCAGCCAUUUAUUGGAAACGGGCAUUAUGAGACUGCCUAAUUGCAAUUCCACAUUCAAAGACAAAAGUCCCCAGCAGGAGUCAGGCCAUAAUUUUUAAAUAGGUCUGUGAAAUAACUGAGCUCUUCAUUUAGGUAUUUUUGAUGUUAACUCAGAUCGGUCACUCCAGCAUUUAGUUUCUGGGCCUUUCAUGGUUCAGCCAUUGUAAAUUGCAGUCUGGUAGCCCUUAAUUAGACCAUGGGUGAGCUAAUGUGGCCAAAUGGCUUUGGGCGGCAACCCUCAUAAGCCCUGGACAGAACAGUCAAUUAUAAAGAAUGGAGGAUUUACAGUACAACUACAACUGGAGGGCCACAAGCUGGCCACCCUGGGUUUAGACCUUUCGCCUUUUCCAUAGGUGUAAGGGGUAGUGGGCUCUGUACAUCACAGGACUACACACAUGUCCAGUAGGCUGCAAAUUCUAUUAGCCCUUUGUCAGGAGGACAAGUGGACUUUUUUACAUUCCACUCUGUAGAAUGUAAAUGAGACUCUGCAACAGCAUAAAAGCAAAAGUGAAAAGUGUGAUUCACUUUUCCCAGUGAAUGGAAAUCUGCAGCUAUGAUAAAGUGAUGGUGUUCAUCCAGCUGCUAUCUUGGAUGAACAAGUUUUGCAGUGAUUUCAUUGCACUUCAAAGGUCCUGAAAAAUUCUGUUUGAGCAGAAGCCCAAAAGAAAUGAGCAUCUACUAUCAUGACACUUUUGGCACUACUGUUUUUUCAACAGCAGCAGCACUUUGGCUGGCUUCAGCCUAGAUUCCCUAAACUAGGAAUAGGGUACCUUUGGCAUUCAGCAUGUUUUGACUACACCGCCCAGAAUUCCUUACAUUGACCAUGCUGUGACCAGGACAUCUAGGAGUGAAUGUCCCAAGGCUCCCUAAGCCUGCUCGAACCUCAAUUCUCACUUUUGUUGAGGAACUACACAUACUGUACAUGCUAUGGCACAUAGCACUUGGUAGAGAUUGUUAAAUAAAAAGCCCAGGGUGUUUGUUCAAGACGCAAGGCAGCCUGUCAUUCCAAGAGUGGGAAAUACAUACCCCCUCAAGAGGAACAUGCCCUUAACUGCAUCCCAAGAUGGAAAACACUGGUCAAGGUACUAUCAAUUCAGGUCAAGGGUUUGGGAACAUGUGGCCCUCCCAGUGUGGACAGCAACUCUCAAUGGGUUUUAGCAGUACUGAUAAUGAUGAAAGAUAAUGGGUGCUGAAAUACAACAACAGCUGGAGCACUGAAAUGCUCCACACCCCUGACUUAGCUCUUGUUUCCUCUUCCUGAGCCAAGCUCAGCAAGUCCAUAUGGCUUUUUAACUACUACUGUUAUUAAUAAGCACUGAAAUGAUUUGCUCAGAACCUUUUAACACAGUGAAAAUUAAUAUCUGGAAUAAACUCUGAAAGAAAUUACAUUUUUGUAUAAAUUAUGUUACAUGGAAUAGAUAACUACUUUAGAUAACUACUAUGUGGGAAUGCAUUUAUAGUUGGGUGUGUUGAAUUGUUGGUUCCAUUUGUUUUGUUAUUUAAUUGGAAAUAUUUCCUUUUUGUUGCCAGUUUCUAAAAGCCAAACAAGGGGAGAAAAAAUAAUAAUUCAUCAAAUGCAGAAGUGCCAUUAAAACAAAAGAACUUUGAAUGUCAUAUGAAAUUACAUCUGUAGCUGGGACAGAAAGACAACAGUAAAGUGUGGCAGAUCUUUCACACUUGAUUUUUUUAAAAGAAAAAUUAACAGAACCUCAUUUUUCAAUGUGUUGUGUGCAAAUGUUUUGGGAACAGAGUAGCGUGCAAUGUCUGUAGUGGGUGAGAUUCCCCCCUUCCCUCCCCCUCCCCCAGUUUCUGAUGAAGUUUUAUUGACUAAUUGUUGUUACUGUAUGGGUUUUUUGAUCAUGAGUAGUUUGGUGCUUCUUCAUAGCACAAGCUUAAAAAAAAUCAACUACUGAAGAACAGUCUUAAAAGCUAAGUGUCUGCAUGAUGUUACACCCGGUGUACCUACUGAAACAACUUUGUAUGUAAAUGUACAGGAAUAAAAACAGACAUUGCCCGGUUAGCA